AACUUAAGUUCGGGAAUAUAAGUUGAAUCGCCACAUCGAUAUUCUAUUUCAUUAGCGCUUACAUGGCUAAUUAACCCAUAAAUUCCCUAUGUAGGAUUUCAGCAUCAUAGUACGUCCAGUACGAAAAAUUAAUCGGUGUUAUGCGACCUUCCGCAUGGCACACUGACCUUGGCUUACCAGGACUAACAUUGAACAGUGAGAUAGAAGUGCUGGUUUUGAAGCUGUCGACGUCACGAAUAAUGGAACAGGGACAAAAAUUAAGCAGAGACAUAUAUGGAACACCUCAGGUAAUGAUUCCCCCUCAAAUGAUGUAUUAUGGAGGGUACCCUGUAAAUCAGGAUCAAGUCCAAAGUCCCUAUUUCGGUUAUGAUCAUAAUCCCUUCAAUAGUUCACCAAACUUUAGCCCAAACCAAGAUACCGAACAAUCAUCUAUAAGCACAUUUCCUGCCUCCAAUUCUCAACCCGAACUAGGUGUUAAGUCUGAGGAGCCUACAGAUUUUCCCGUUAAUCCUCCAUUAAUUAUUGGAGAAAACAAUAGGAGAAAUAACCAGAAUAUUGUAAACAGUUCACCCAGUUCUAGCUGCAAACCAGAGCUUCUGGUCAGUAGCGUUGAUAAUGCACUUAAGGGGACAGGAUCAUCAAAAACCGACAAUACAGUACUUCCGAAAAUAGGAAAAGUCAGUCAUUCGGCCCAUCGAACCAAGCUACCUCAGCAAACACUUACAUCUAGUAGAAGUACUCAGAAAGUUCAUUCCAAAGCUAGACCCAAAAAACCCCACCAAGAAGUGUCCACCGAAUCUUCUAGCAAGAAUUUGCAACAACCCAAUCCUUUUGACCACUGGUAUCAAAUGAUGUCACAGUACUACAACCAAUUUUAUUCACCGUAUCAAAUGGCUCAGCUACCGGUGCUACCUCAACAAUCCACCUCUCACCUUUCUAUGAACAAAUCAUCAAAAACACCUGCAAGUCAUCCACUUAAUCCUACUAUAAAAAAUGGACCUGAAGGAUUUCAAAUACCAUCUGUAAAUCAAAUAGGAUCAUUCGACUAUGCAAACUACUACUAUCAAUAUUACGCUGCAGCUGCACAAUUAUGGUCUGGUGGUUAUCCAUAUCAAUUUUUUGGAACAUGUAUUCCUGAAACUCCACGUUUUUACAAUACUCCACACAUAAAAGCUUGGAUUAGUUGUCCUGGCGUUAUUGUUCAAGUUUUACCUUCAAGGCCAAGGAAUGGAGAAUUUGCCAGAGUUGAAAUAAUUAACCUGUUUGAACUUGUCAAUGAAGCUGUGGCUGAUGCAACGAGAAGAGCAUCAGACAACACUACACGUACUUGCGACUCUGAAUUUAGCCAACAACAACAACAACCAUCUGAACAAAAUGCUCUUUUUAAUAUGACUGAUUCUGGCAUGCAAACUCCAAGUCGACUCUCUAGUAUUGACGCUGGAGGUGCUGAAGACGAUGGCGAAGAAAUACGUGCCUGUGUCAUGGCUACUGCAUGCUGGAACCAAGCGGAGCAUCAGUUUUAUCCAGGGCCGUUAAAUCGUAUAGGUACUCUAAAAGCUGAUGUACUUGCUUUCUUACAUGAAAAGCUUACGGAGAUUCAAGAUCGGCUACCUAUCGAUUGGGGAUCUGCUGGCUUACUAAUAAUGUUCCUUGAAACCUUGAUUAAAAAUAAUGGUAAUCUGCAGACAUCAGAUCUUGUAAAUCUUUUACUGGAAGGACACAAACCAACUACCGACAGUUUCAGGAGUGGCUCCUAUAGAUAUUCUUCUAGUUCUUAUCUAGGAGUUCAGGUGCCUGUACAAUAUUCAGGUACUUUAAACAAUUAUAAUCAUCAGGUUGGGGACUAUGCAAACGAAUCGUUAGCUUCGUUACCUGGGAGUCAAGUUACAAGUGGUCGAGAAAGUCCCGAAUCACAUUUCGAAAUAGACUAUGGAAGUAAUUUAUUACAGCACAGCAAAGCAGCUUCGGAAACUGGAAGAAUGAAUUCUGUCCAAAAUAUUAUUCGACGUAUGGGAGGAGUCCAUAUAGGCGAAAGGGGGUCGCGCAGCCAGGAGUCGGAAGGCAAACUUCUGGAUCGUUUUCGUGAAUUGUUAAUGCAUGGCCUACCAAUAAAAGCGUUAGAACAUGCUUGUCGAUCUAAACUAUGGGGUCAUGCAUUUACAUUGGCUCAUCGGAUGGGUCCUUCAACAUUUGCAAAGGUAAUGGAUCGUUUUCUAAAUAAUGACAUAUCAAUAUCGGAUCCUAUUCUUACAUUGUAUCAAUUAACUGCUGGAGAAAUGCCACAAUCUGUUAAUACAGCGGCUUAUGGACGAGGCAUAGAUAAUGGUGAUUGGAGACCACAUUUAGCUAUGAUAUUGGCUGGUCACUCAUCGCAAUCCGACUUAUCACUUUUGGCCUUGGAACGUCUUGGUGAUGGUUUACUAUCACGAAAACAUGUUUAUGCUGCACACUUAUGCUAUUUACUGAUGAAUUCAUUGAAAAAUAUUGAUGAUAAACAGAAAGAAUUUCGUUUACCUGGUAAAAUCUGGUUAAUUGGUGUCCCUCCCACUUAUAUUACUAGUGGUGGUGAUGUUGUCAACAAUACUUCAGAUGGAUUCCAGGAGGAUAAUAUUGCGUCAAAUCAUACCUUAUCCCCAUUGUUCGCUACUUCAGAAGCUAUUCAACUCACUGAAAUAUAUGAAUAUUCUAUCCAGUUGGCUAACCGUAAAUUUCAUCUACGUCAAUUAAUGCCUUUUCGUCUUGUUUAUGCUAUACGACUUUUGGACGCUGGUUUUAUCGAGAAAGCUUAUCGUUAUUUAACAGCUAUCGGGAAUGAGAUUCUUACUGAACUUGAUGAAACAGCACAUCAACUUAAGCUUCAAUCAGUAUAUAAUGAUAAUAAUAAUAAUAAUAAUAAUACAUAUGUUGAUCCAUUAUUGUACAGUUUAAUUAGUAAUUGUCUACGAUUAGCUGAACCAUUACAAUAUCAUCCAGAAAUUGAAAGUUUCGAUAUAUUACAAUUAUCAACUAACAAUCAAAUAAUGGAAGAUUAUAGUUUUGGAUUUCAAUUUAAAAAUCCAUCAUAUUCUAUGCCUGUACAAAAUAAAAAUAAAAAUUGGAUUGAACGAUUAAAUCAAAUCUUUAAUCAAAUGAAUCAAAAGAUCAAUCAUCCACGCUACAAAACAUCUGUAGAAAAACCAAAAGAAAAUCCCAGUAGUGAUGCUCAUUUUACUAAUGAAGCUAUGAAAACAGAAUAUUCCGAUCAUAAUGAUUCUAAUGAUCCUCAUCCUCCUCCUCCUCCUCAUCAUCAUCAUCAAUCAUCACUACCACCUCAACAACAACAACAACAACAACAACAACAACAACAACGUCAGUAUCAUCAAUUUAAUAAAGAAUCAAAUUAUAAACCAUCUGUUGAAUAUAGAUCUAAUGUUCAAACACAUGAGUCUUCUUCAUUUUUAUCAACGGAUAAUAGAGAUCAUCGUAAAGUUAAUAUUUUUAAUUCAAAUAGAAAUGAUAACAAUUAUAUUCCUCAUGAAGUCAAUAAUAAUAAUAAUAAUAAUAAUAAUAAUAAUAAUAAUAAGGAACCAAAAAUCAUCUCAAAUUAUUCUUCUAUACGAAAUAAUAAAAAUGAUCAAUUGGUAGAUCCUAUUCAAAAGAUGAAUUCAUCUAAUCAAUCAUCUAUUCAUCAAAGACAAUUGUUUAAUCAUGAAUCAUUCAGUCCACAAUCACCACCUUCAUUAUCAUCAGUACCAUCUCAUGAAUACUCUUAUCAAUCAGAAUCCUAUCGUCAAUUAUCUUCUAAUUCAACAUCUAAUCUUAUUCAACAACAUAAUUAUUCUAUGAAUUCACCUGUUCAAUUGUCAAAUUAUCCAUUGUCUUCACAAUCAGAUCAACCAAUCAAUUCAAUGUUGCAAUCAACAUUAGCAGUUUCAACAUCAUCCUCAUCAUUAUCGGUAACAACUACAUUGAAUGAAAUGAAUAAUUCUAUUUUUAUGCCUAUCAAUCAUCAAACUGAUUCACAAUUAAUGAUAAAUAAUGAUAAUAGUUCAUUAAAUUAUUCUACAUUAUCUAAUCAACAACCAUUUGAUUAUUUUGCAAAUAUUCAAAGUAUUCAGUCACGUUCUCGUACAGUAUCCGGUAAUUCUGAAAAUAAUACUGUUAAUAUGAUAAAUUCCACGACUGUUGAUCAAUUGGAUUCAUCAUCCAAUAAUAGUCGGAAUUUCUUAUCUACCAUAUAUGACAAUUCAUUUACAAACGAACAACAUUUUCAACAACCUCAGAAACAAUCUAUGUCUAAUUUAUCACAAAUGAAUUAUCUUCCUCAACCUUCUAGACAUCCAUCUUCAAUGAUGAAUGAUCAUUUCAAAGAUUAUAAUAAUACUCUUGCUACUACUGCUACUACUUCCACUACUACUAUUAAUAAUGAUAAUAAUAGUAGUAGUGAACGUUUUACACAGGACAAAUCAAGUGAUUUGAAUAAUUUAGAUAAAAAUGAACAACAAUCAAAAGAUGGUUGGUUAUCAGGUUGGUUUGGACGUCUCAAGAAAAAUGGUCCAAAGAAUGUUCAUCUACCGGAUGAUUCUAAGCCUUCUAUAGUUUGGGAUGAUCGCCUUAAACAAUGGAUUGAUGUGAAUGAUCCUGACGGAAGUGAAUCAAACAAGGUACCACCACCUCCACCAGCAUCUUCAUUUAUUAUGCCAAAAAAUGAUGACAGUUCAAUGAGUAAUAGUAGUAGUAGUAAUAAUAUUAAUAAUAAUAGUAGUGCGCUGAAUCCACCUCUGUUUCCUACUUAUCAUCCAGUCUCUGUUCCUUCAGGGUCUAUUUCAUCACGUACUAGCAAUUCUCGGUCACGUUAUGUAAAUAUAUUGGCUAGUGAUACUUUAGAAUCUGGAGCAAAUAAAUUGAUCAAUCCACUUCAACCCCCACUUCCACAAACAAUUAACAAUCCACGUUCAUAAAACUAAUGAGAUCUUUCACAUUUGUGUGUAAUCCUUUUUUGUCUUCUUCAUAAACUAUUCUAUCUAUUAGGUAGGUAAAAUCUUAUAUAUUUGUGGUAUGUAUAAUCCCUAUUUGUGAUUAUUAUCAUUAAUCUUAACCAUUUUGUAUAUUGUAAUGUGGUUCUUUUUACUCUGCGCUUUAUCUCUCUCCUCCUCUCUCUCUAUCCAUCGUUAACUAACAAUGAAAUGUAAGUCUCUACGGCCAAAUUCAUUUUUCAUAUGAUUAGAGAUGUGUGUAUCAGCAGUACCUUAGAGCCCGAUAUAAAUGUUUAUAGAAGUAAGUUGGUACAUAAAAUCUUUACAGUAAUCGUUAAAAAUGUGAUUAGAUAUAAAAAUGCUUUGAAAAAGUAGAGCUAAGUAUAAAGUAUUGUUAAAACUGAAGAUCUUAAAGGAAGAUUAAAAGUGAAUUACAUAUGCUUCAUUAAGAUUGCUUCUAAAGUAUUUUAUACCAACAUUUCAAAUGACUGAUCACUUUUAUUGCCCGGAUCCCAAAUAAAUGAUGUGUCCCUAUCGAAAUACGUCAAAACAACGGUCAUAGAUUUUUAUGACGUUUUAGUCUGAUCACUCCGUGCUUCUUUUUGUGCGUUAAAGCAAACAGUAGCUUGGCCUAUGGUAUAAUCCACAUCCCAACCAACCUAGUCGAUAAAAGUUCAAUAACUCUUCAUCCAAUUUGCUAUAUUUGCCUAGCACCUUGCAUCUAACCUCAACACUAUUCACUCGGCAAUGUGUACAACUUGGAGAUUGUUGUUACGCUGGAAUUAAUCGUAAUAUUUAGGUCCAUAUAGGUAUCACUCUAUGUUCAAUAUACUUACCGUGAAACCGGAACCUGCUACCUUCCGCUUUGAACGCCAACCCUGAGAUACAGGUACAUCCAUCUGGAUCUCACAUAACAUAAAACACAUUCUUUUGAAUAAACUGCUAACCACGACCAAAGUUUGCUAAAAUUUGUAACUACACGCAAUCUGCUGAGGAUAUUCAGAUUCCAGUAGAGGCUGAAAGUCCUUAAUAUCAACAAGAGGGAAACUUAUAUGCUUAUAUAUAUCCAUGAUGCUCUAAUCAUGUUCAGUUUUAUAUUGUCAGUUUGCUUUCUCACUAUGCUUUAAUGCAUAAAUUGUGACAUCUUAAACUAAUGCAUAUUUAUGCCCAGAUAUGUCACUAUCUAUGACUCUGCCUCAUUAUAUUUAUUGACAUUUGCCAAGUGCAUAAUUGUUUAGUCGGCUUUUUAUAUAUUGACUAGACUUAUUUGUUAAAAUACUCGAUUUUGCUGGUGCACAUAUAUCGGUAGAAUAAUAGCCAAUUACAUAAAUCUGUUCUAUGCAAAAAUGAGUUACCCGUUCGAAUUCAUUAAGUUCAACAACAAUUCAUCCGUUAUUAUCAAGCCUUUUGUUUUGUUAUGGUAUAAAGAAUCUUUCUGCUUGAAUAUCAAUCAGUCAGUUUUAUACCCAGCGUAGAACUUGGCUUCUAUGUACAACACGUUCAAGUUACUACAACUCAUUAACAUAAUCAAAUGAGGUUGUCAAGGUAAAUCUCAAAGAAGUAUGGGUAGUAACAAUAUUAGUGGGAAUAGAAAAGAUUAAGCAUAGAUGAUAUGAUUCGAGAAAGAAAAAUAUGGAUUAGUGGAAUUUAAAAAAAAAAUUAAAAGGUAAUUUUGGGAGAUAAGAAUCGGAGAACAAAGAGCGAAUGAGCCUAUAUCAUUGUAGACGAUUUUGAAUUGUCACCUAGAUUCUCAACAGUCAGUUAUACUAAUCACACGGACUACAACCUAAUCGUUUGUAAUUACCUACAUGAUCAAGUAACAAAUAACAGUUUUUCAGUAUGGGAUUAUUGGAGAUUGUUAGAUUUCGUUGAGAUCAUGAACACCGAUCUAUGUUGAACAAUCAUUGAAAACGUGAAAGCACUGAACAGUAGUUUCGUCCUAGUAUUAAACUCUUGAGCAGUGUAUAUUCAUAACCACACAACCGUAUUGGAUGUAAGGAUGGUACUCACUGUAUACAAUGAAAAAUGGUCGUACAAUUUCAUGAACUAGUUUAAAUUGAACCCCGGUUCACGCCUAGAAAUUAUGUUGCUUUUGGAUGUUAUUGUUUAAUAUCACUGAAAAAUUAACCCAUGUUUUUUUUCUUUUUCAGCAAUUACCCUCCAACAAACUGUUGUAUUCAUAAUAUUACACCAUGAAUCAUAUGUAUGUACGUACAUGCAUGGAUCCACGUGAACUCAGUGAGUUUUGUUCACUCCCAAUUAAAAAAAAAAAGAGAGAGGAGUUUUUAAAGCACAAUUCUAAGUAUUACAUGAAUCAGUGAGGAAUAAUACAUUUUAAUCUAGAAAUAAACAAUUUCUUAAUACAAAAAUGAAUUUUCCCUUUAUCUCUUCCAGUUGAAAAAAGAUAAUGAAUUAUAUAAUUUAUAUACAAUUGACUUCUUUGAUUAGUUAUUAUUUCCCAUUCGGUUUCUUUUUAAUUUCUCGAAGGUUGUUGUUACUAAGCUCUUUUCUUGUUCGUCUUCUUCUUCUUCUACUCUGGAAAGCGUCAUGAAAUUUAAACUAUUUUUGCCGCCACCCCUCCUCUCCUUCCACAUUUGGUUACAGCUCAUCAUCACUUUAAUAUUGUUAUUAUUUAAAUUGCACACAAUGAUUCCCUAAUCUGUGAUGUUGUUGAUAAUGAUCAUAUUUCAUGUUCAUACUAUCUUGUGUUUUUCUUCUUCUUUCUUCGCUUUCUCGUUUGUCUUUUGUUGAACAUUUUGUUCAAUUGUUAAUAUUGAUGAAAUUCUUCCUUCAUUCCCACCCCACCCCCAUCUUCAUCUUAUUAUUUUGGCAAUCUCUGUUUAUUUUAGUUAAUUUGUUGCAAGAAUGUUCUAAGAUUGAAAACAAAAGUACACACAUACACACAGUGACAAAAAUGUUUUUUUUUAAAAAAAUUACUUCCCCCUAUUUUUAACCGGUAUUUCUUUUGGUGUAUAUGUGUGUGUGUGUGUGUAAAAAUCAUAAAUACACAUGGCUAAAUAUAAGUUUCUCUUUAAUGGUGAUUUAUUGUCGAUGUUGUGUAAAUAUCCGAUAUUAUUAUUGUUGUUCAGACUUUAUUGUAUACCACUUACAUGCUAAUUAGAUAUAGUACCUGAAUCGUGGUGUUAUUGUUUAUAUUUUGAGUAUGGAACCUAACACCUUAA